CAGUUUGUACAGUAUACAACUCAUUACACCUAUGGACUGUCCACACGGAGAUAAUGAAACAUACAUGUGUGUGUGUGUGUGUAAUGAGAGUUUAGUUGGUGUGUCUGCAGUCGUCCGUGCUAAUAUUUUUAUUCCCAACACACAGUUAGAAGAGUUAAAGACGGCCCACACAGAAUCUGCAGUGUUUUGGCAUGUGCCGCUUGUUGGGUGGGUGGGAAUGUUAUGGAAUAGUGUGUUUGUUUGAACAGAUUAUAUGUUUUUUCUGCAGCUGUGAUUUGUGUUGUAAGUGUCACCAAAUUAUGCCAAAUUAUUUCUAUGCGGUUGCAUAUGCAUGUUUAUAUAUGUGACAUAUCACCAUUAUCAGUGUUUCCACCAUCUUGAAAAUGUCACGCUGACGUAUGAAUUAUCUAUUGGUGAGUGUGACCACAGCUGUUUUCUUCUCAUCACAGUGAUGAAAGGGUGUUGUUGUUCUUUCUCAUUAUUUAAUAAUUGUACAGUUUUUAAUGCAAUUGGCUGCCGUGCACACAUUCAGAGGAGAGGAAGGUCUAAACCCUGCCCAAAUUCACUGUGAUUGGUCACAUAUGUUGUGUCGUAUGAUGUUUAUAUGAUCAAGUUGGUGUCUGAGAUAUUAUUUCCUGACUGGAGAUCAGCUCCUGAACAGCACAUGUCAUGUGUGUUUGUCUUCAUACUCAAUAGUCAAAAGCUUUUACUUCAGAGUCAUGAAGUGUUUGCUUGUUGUUCACAUGAAAGAGAAAGUUUGAUUGACAGCAGUUGUACCACAAAAUGAAUCUACACAUUUGAUUGGUUAGUUGUUUGUUAGGGGUGAUCUGACACGGCUGAAAUGGAUAUUAUGGUUUGUUUUAGAUGUGAUGUAAUGUGUAUACAGGAUUUAAGAUGUAUUUUCCACACACCGUGCAUGUUUGUAUCUCCUCUUUGCUCCGCCUAUCAUGGCUCUGAAAAGCGUGGUGUGGUGUGAUUGGCCAGUUCACCAGUGUGUAGUGAUUGGUGGAAUACUGCAAGCUUGUGAGGGAAAUGUAACGCCUCUGACCAUAUUUGUAACAUCAGGUUCCUCUUCAACUGUACCGACAGGUACACCACCUUACUUGAGUAUACAUUUGGGCCCUCUUGGUCAAAUCAGACCACCAACUGAUGUAGAUUUGAGGGGGUGUGGUUACACCAGGUGUUUCAUUACUUUUAUAUAGAAUGCAUCUUUUGUUCCACACUUUCAUUUCUGCUAUUUGACGUGUCUAAUACACGCAUGAACAACUUAUAACAUACCAAACACACAGAAAAACACAUGUUUGUCUAUAUGACCCCUUACACUUUGAAAGAUGUGAGCAUAAAGAUAACCUCAAAGCUAAUCUGUAGAACUGAUGUAGAUGUUGAUCACAGCGAUGUGUGGAGCUUCAGUUUGUCAGUCUUCAUGUGUGAAGCCCGUGAGCUGCUGCUUCUCAAACCCACCCACACUGAGACCCUUCCUAAAGCCUACAUCUGUGUGUGUGUGUGAUGCUUUCAGCUAUUCCCACCCACACACACACACACACUUCAGCUUGACAUCGCAUUAACAUCUAAAGAUGCGUUCGGUGUGUGUGUUAUAUUCAAAACAUGAACACACUGGAAUUGAAAGUGUCAUUUAUAAUCAGAGUUUUUCUGACUAAUGAAAGUCGUUCUGCCGCUGUCUCUAUGAAGCUGCCUGUGUGCUGAGCUCUGCGUAUCAUUUUUGCUUAAAUGGAGGCAGUUUCCAUGACGACCAAACAAAGACCUCGAAUUGAAAAGAAAACUUACUUAAGAAACAGAAAGACACACGUCCGCAUGAGACAGACACAUGUGACACAUGUUGACUGUGUUACCUCUUAACAAAAGAUCCUAAUAUUGACCUCCAGAUGACCCUUGUGUCAUACAGCCCCUAGAGAGUCACCGCAGAAGAAAAAAAUCAACAUUAAACAUGAUGGUUUACAGGAAAAUGUGUUAAAUUGUCAUGAUUUGUUUGUAUAAAUAGACGUUUUGUUUUUGUUUGACAGUUUGACAGAUGAUGGUUGUGUGUUUCUAACUUCUUCUGCUUGUCUGUCUGCAGGGCUUACACAUUUGUGUCAUAUGUUUGUGUGGUUUUGUCAUUUGUGCGGCUGGAAUCAGAUCUUUCACAGAUGAAUUACACUGAUGUCUUUAGACACCAAAGCUGAAAUUCUCUGAACUAUUUCAAUCCUGUCGGUCUGUCCACAUAUCUGCAGACACACGUGUGUUUUUGAACGCUCUUUAUCAUUUGUGAUGUCACACAGUGCAGAUAUAGUUCAUACGGCUGUUCAGUCAUGCUUGAAAAACAAUAAUACAUGUGGAACGACAUGAGUGACAUUCUGAAAAAGGGCUGUCAUGACAUAUUGACAAUUAUUGCCAUUACAUUGACAUUGUGUUACACACUACACAUAUGAUAAAAAUUGGGUGUCAGUAUCUGAUAGUAGCUGGUGGUUUUACAUCCAUGUAACAGUUCACAUCCGUCUCACAAACCACUUGGAGACGCAUGGAUGAAGUUGGCAGGCGAACUAUACGGAGGUCUCUAUGAGUGUUUGAAUGAAGUUCUACACGCAGGUUCAGAAGGAGCCAAGUUUGUUUUCUGUUAUAAUCUAUUAAAGGCGGGGUGUCCGAUAUCUCUUAGCCGUUGUUGAUGUUCAUAUCACUAAAACAGACGCACCACUACCCCAGGUUGACCAUAUGAGCCAUUUCUCCUUGCGAGGAUUUGGAUGCAUCUUCCAGGAGUCUCAUUUGUCGACCGCAUACGUCAUCAAGGUUUAUUAUUUCAGGUUUUAUUUUAUAAAGGCAGCCGUAAUAUUUCAAGGUAAGAAUGACUCCAAUGAUUAUAGGUCUUAAGCAAUGUUUAAUGUAAAUUUUGAAAUGUGAGAACCUCGAUGGCGUAUGUGGUUGACAAAUGCGACUCCCAGAAGACGCUUUCUUGACAGGAUUCUGAUGCAUCUUCCGGGAGUCGCUGGCUCAUGUGGUUACCCUACCCUACCCCAAUUUUCGCUUUCGUCAGCUCUCGGCUCGACUAAUGUCCAUCCUGUGCACUGUGCACCUUACUGCACAUUGGCUACAGGUUGUUUUUGUACUCGGCCGACUUUGUCUAAAUAAGCGUAAAUCGAAGUCAGAAACCUUGCCUUUAAGAUCGAAUGGGCAUUACAAUUACUGCAGACAGAUGUAAAGCAGAUAAACACAGUCCAUAUCAUGGGGAAUUUCAGGGUUUUUCUUGGAUAGAGAAAUUGUACAAAAUUAUGUUGGGUCGGGUGUCCUUGAAAGAAAUGCUGCGCGCAACAGACUGUCAUUGGCAACUGCAGUUGCGGCGUUACGCCACAUUGAUGGCGCUGUUUCCUUAUCAGCAAACUGAGGCGCUAAAAAGAGUUGCAGAACAAGAGCUGGCUGUGUUUCACGGCUUUUUUUGUUUGUUUUGCAUCAAAGUACGUUUCAUUUCUUGAAAUUUCUUAAAUGAACAUGACGUACAUCAUUGUAAUGUCUUCAGUUUUGCAGUUGGAUCGUUGAAUCAGCGAACAGAACGACUCGCACACGAAUGACUCAUUUGAACCGAUUCAUUUAAACGAAUAUAAGAGAUCACUGAAUCAUUUAAAGUGAACCACAGAGAAUGAAAGAUGUGAAUGAGCUCAAUUAGUAAGACGGGUUAAUUCAGUUAACUUUUUUGAACUGAAAGUACAUUUUUUGAAAAUUAUAAAAAAGCUUUGUUUGAAUAUAAGUAUUGUUUAAUAUAACUUAAUAAUUGUCGUUUUCAUCUAAUUUUAUUAGAACUUUUAGUAUGUCGAAGUCACUUAAAGGAACGGUUGGCCUACGUGUGUGUGUGUGUACAAGAUCAGGAUGACACCUCCUCCACCAGGAAAAACCCUGUGAAUAUUCAGACUGUCUUGAUCAGUUGAAGAGCACUUUCAGAUUCAGAACAUCAUCUGAGAGGGAGAUUUUAUUGUAAUUGUAGAUGAUCAUAUUAUUUCAUGAUUUUCAAAGGCAGUGUUUGUGAUUGAAGACUCUUUAAACAGCUUCAAGACUGAAGAAGAGAAUAGAACCGGCUCCUCUACCCCGAGAUUCAUUGUGUCUUUAACGGCUGGAUAUUUUAAAUGAACUCCAGUUAAAUAAACGUAUGUAAUCCUGUCAGUGUGGUCUCGUUCAUUCUUUUCUACUUCUGCUUUUCUUAAGUUUGGUUAAUGUGAUACACCGUCUGUGACUGACAGACCCUUCACACGUCACACAGCUUUAUCUCAGCGCUCUUUGAAUCAGUUUGUGAGUGACAGUGACUGACAUCUGUUUGUUUGAUGGAAGACGUCUUCACAGUCAUCAGGCUGCUAGUGUGUGUUUAUGAGAUCAUGUGAUCAGUCCGGCUGUAUGACAUCAGUAACACAUACACACACACACAGAACAUCUGUUGUACACACAUUCUCUGUUUAUACACACAGCUGCUUCAGCGGGACUGUUUUGAUCUCAUCUUUCCUUCACAUGUGGAUUGUGUGGAUCCAGACCUUCACACGAUGGAUAAGAUCUCCAGGUUUUGUGAGGAUCAGUGGGUGGAGAUAGCUUUCUGAGCACGCUCGUGCUCGCAGGAAGAGCUUUGCCACAUCGCGGCAGAGAAGCAUGGAAACUCCGCCCACUGCACCUACCCAACCAUUCCGACAACCUAGUUUUCUCAGCCGCCGUCUGAAAGGAUCCAUUAAAAGAGCAAAAAGUCAACCCAAACUCGACCGCACCGGCAGCUUCCGACACAUGAUUCUCCCACGGUUCCGCAGUGCUGACCAGGAGAGGACGCGUCUCAUGCAGAGUUUUAAGGAGUCUCACUCUCAUGAGUCCCUGCUCUCUCCGAGCAGCGCGGCCGAGGCGCUGGACCUCACGCUGGACGAGGACGCCAUCAUCAAACCCGUUCACUCCAGUAUACUCGGUCAGGAGUACUGCUUCGAGGUGACGACCGCAUCCGGGACGAAAUGUUUCGCGUGUCGUUCUGCAGCCGAGAGAGACAAAUGGAUCGAGAAUCUGCAGCGAGCCGUGAAACCGAACAAGGACAACAGUCGGCGUGUUGAUAAUGUGCUGAAGUUGUGGAUCAUCGAGGCCAGAGAUCUCCCGGCUAAGAAGCGCUAUUACUGCGAGCUGUGUCUGGACGACAUGCUGUACGCUCGGACCACCAGCAAACCACGAACAGACACUGUGUUCUGGGGCGAACACUUUGAGUUUAAUAACCUGCCCGCCAUCCGCAGUCUGAGAUUACACCUGUACAAAGAAACCGACAAGAAGAGACGAAAGGAGAAGAGCACUUAUCUGGGUCUGGUGAGCAUCCCCAUCUCCAGCAUCACAGGCCGUCAGUUCGUGGAGCAGUGGUAUCCCGUCAUUCAGCCCAGCGUUCUGGCCAAAGGGGGGGGAGUCGGCAGCGGGAAGAUCAUCAACGCCUCGCUGCGCCUCAAAUCUCGCUACCAGACCAUGAACAUUCUGCCCAUGGAGCUGUACAAAGAGUUCGCCGAGUACGUCACCAAUAACUACAGGACGCUGUGCGGAGUUCUGGAGCCUCUGCUGAGCGUCAAGAGUAAAGAGGAGGUGGCGUGUGCCCUGGUGCACAUCCUGCAGAGCACAGGAAAAGCUAAGGACUUCCUGUCUGACAUGGCCAUGAGCGAGGUGGAUCGGUUUAUGGACCGUGAACAUCUGAUCUUUAGAGAGAACACGCUGGCCACUAAAGCCAUCGAGGAGUUCCUGAAGCUCAUAGCACAUCGCUAUCUCAAAGACACCAUCGGUGAGUUCAUUCGAGCGCUGUAUGAGUCUGAGGAGAACUGUGAGGUGGAUCCCAUGAGAACUCCUCCGUCAGUGCUAGCCGAUCAUCAGGCUAAUCUGCGCAUGUGCUGCGAGCUGGCGCUCUGCAAGAUCAUCAACUCUCAUUGUGUGUUUCCUCGGGAACUGAAGGAAGUUUUUGCGUCGUGGCGCGUGCGGUGCGCUGAACGUGGUCGAGAGGAUAUUGCAGAUCGUCUCAUCAGCUCGUCUCUCUUCCUGCGCUUCCUGUGUCCUGCCAUCAUGUCUCCAUCUCUCUUUAAUCUGACGCAGGAGUAUCCGUCUGAACGCACCUCACGAACACUCACUCUCAUCGCCAAGGUGGUGCAGAACCUGGCCAGCUUCUCAAAGUUUAGUGGUAAGGAGGAUUAUAUGUGCUUCAUGAAUGAAUUUCUGGAGAUGGAGUGGGGCUCCAUGCAGCAGUUUCUCUAUGAGAUCUCAAAUCUGGAGUGUGUGAGUAACGCAGGAGCGUUCGAGGGUUAUAUUGAUCUGGGCAGAGAGCUUUCUAUCCUGCACAGUUUACUCUGGGAGGUCAUGGCACAGCUCAGUAAGGUACGCACAUCAUUCACACCAUCAGCUCUACAUUCAUCCACAUCAUCUGUCACCAUGUCCAGUCAUCUUCUUCUGUUGCUUCAGGAUGCCAUAUUAAAACUGGGGCCGUUGCCACGGUUACUGAAUGACAUCAGCGUGGCGCUGCGAAACCCUCAGCUGCACCGUCAGGCCAGUCACCAGCCGCCCGAACGUCACCUGUCACGACCUACCUUCAGUCGCCUCGCCACCAAUGACUUCCAGAGUCUCAUGAUGAGAGAUCUAAACAGCUCUAUAGACAUCUCUCGUCUCCCCUCUCCUACGGCGGGAUUGUCCGGCAGUGGUGUUCUCUCUCAUCCCGGCAUGGCUGCUUUCUCUGAACGGGAUCACCGUGGCAACAAAGAUGUGUUUUAUGUCACCCGCCCUCCUCUUGCACGCUCAAGCCCCGCCUACUGUACUAGCAGCUCUGACAUCACUGACCCCGACCCAAAGGACUCGCGCAUAAACAGCGUCUCAAAUCUGCACUCCGUCAACGAUCUGCUCAACUCAUCUCAGGGCUCUCUCGCCGGACUGGCCGGCUACGGUCCGCUGGGCGGCGCUCCUCUCAGGGCCGGAGGUCGCGUGUCGGCAGGUUCGGGCGGCUCCAGCAUGUCGGGCGGUUUGCGUCUGAGUCACUCGGGAGGCCUGACGACGGACUCGCUGUCCCAGCAGCAGCAGCAGCAGGCGGCUGCCAUGCACGUGCCAUUGUCCUUCCAGAACCCUCUGUUCCACCUGGCUUCCGACGGGCCGCAGUACCACACGCCGCCACACGUCAACUCCGCCGCCCCACCCCCUCUGCUGCUGGCUCCCGAGCCGGAGAACGGUCACGCAGGAUUCGGCGUGCCGUCGUUCGGCCACAGCGGCUUCUCUCGGAGCGAAGACCUGUCGGCCCUGCGGACGCAGAACAGUCUGGUGCAGCCCAACAUCGUCCACUCGCACAGCUACAGCGACGACUUCACACGCCACAACCAGGCCGACUACGCCCGCAGACAGCUGUCGCUGCAGGUGCAGGAGAAUCUUCAGCAGCAGGUUUUAAUGGGCAUGACCCCACAGACGGCCACAGGCAGCGGCACGCCCACCUCUCUGGCCACACCUCCCACCACCAUUCAUCCCGUCCGUCAGGCCUCCAUGGGACAGCCUCCCUCUCAGCGCGUGAGACCCCAGCCCUCCCACCAGCUGUCGGUCAGCUCGGCCGCGAACGCCACGCCCCCCAAAGCCCGUCCUCAGAGCGGGAACCUGCUCCAGUCGCCCGACUCCAGUUUCGGGGGGAGGCAGUUGCCGAGGCAGCAGUUGUCGGUGAAGGAUAGCCCCGCCCCCGGGCUGCCGCAUCAGUCCAGCACGGCCACUGAGAACGCCACGCCUCAGGGGGGAGCCAAUGAGAACGCAGAAAACGCCCAGAGUAACCAACAGGCCAAACCCGCGCAACAGAGCAACCCUCAACAUCAACUCAAGCCCACCCCCAACAAACAGGGCUCCAAAUCUCCGUCCACCCUCAAUCCCCCCACAGCUGCUUCCGAGCGUACGGUGGCCUGGGUCUCUAACAUGCCACAUCUGUCUGCAGACAUCGAGAGUCUCCGCGUGGACCGGGAGGAAUUUAAACUGAAAGAACACUCCAAGAGCAUGGACGAGUCUCGUCUGGACCGGGUGCGUGAAUAUGAGGAGGAGAUUUACUCUCUGAAGGAGCGUCUGAUGAUGUCACACCGUAAGCUGGAGGAGUACGAGCGGCGUCUGCAGUCGCAGGAACAUCAGACCAGUAAAAUCCUGCUGCAGUAUCAGAGUCGUCUGGACGACAGCGAGCGGCGUCUGCACAUGCAACAGAUGGAGAAAGACACGCAGAUCAAAGGCAUCAUCAACAGGUUGAUGGCAGUCGAGGGAGAACUGAGAGGAAGCGGCAUGCCAGACCUCAAGAGCAGAAUAUUUACAGAACAGCCCAUUUAUGGUGCCCAUUCUGGAACUUGAUUGGUCCGUGGUCAUGUGAUUGGCCUAAACAACAACCCAGGACUGUCCGUUGAUUGGCUGAGAGAGAAGAGAGAGAGGCAGAACUUGAUCAGAAAGAACAACUCCAGCUCUAGGAUAUCUCUCUCUCUCUCUCUCUCUCUCUCUCUCUCUCUAUCACACACACACACACACACACACACACACACACACACUGGGAGUAUCUCUAUAUGUGUAUUUAUAUCUGUGAUAGAUAUAUCAACAUAUAUUUAGCAGAUGUGUCUCAUUUUCAUCUGAAGUUUUGAGCCAAAUGGACGACAAUCAACAUUAUGAGGCCGAUACAAUCACACACUGACCGCACAACAGACAGACAGAUUGAGAGAGAGAGACUUUAUUCUAUCUCUCUCUCUCUCUCUCUGCCUGUCUGUCUAUAUGUGUGUGUGUGUGUGUGUGUUUCGAUAAGUCGCAGCCUCAACUUCCUAAUAAUGACUCAAUAACAAUCUUAUUUUUUUCUUAUGUUAUUUUGAGCGGGUUCAUUUUGUUCUGAGCCAAUGAGACGAUGUCACAGUGCUCAGAACCCCGCCUCUUCCUGUCCUGAGAAGGGGGCGGGCUCUCCUCUCCAUGCCUACAGAGCUCAGAGACUCGGGACGAGCGAGUCAGACACUCUGUUUAUAUCACGAUCUCAUCUGUGAGAGGAAAGUUUCCACAGCUCUCAGUGUGACAGUGAACAGACCUGAACCACAGAUGAGCAGUGAGCGACACAACAGACUCUCUCUCUCUCUCUCUCUGUGUGUGUGUUGUGUUGAGAUUGUUGGCAUCAGUAUUCAGGUGAUUUUAUGAGUGUGUGUGUGUUUAGUGAUGACGCCGUGACGCUAUGUGACAAAGCAAUCAAACCUCUUCCACAUCAACGCAAGUUUCUGUCCUAAACACCAUCACAACAGCGAUGUUGCACUGAAAUGUCUCCUCGUGUGAUUAAACAUCAGAUGUGUGAGGAGAGACGUUUAGAAUGAGAAGUCCCUUCAGUAACACAAGAAUACCCAUAAUAAUCACACGAGUAUGUUUUUAGCUGCCGGUUCAAGAGCUCUUCUGAUUGGCUGAUGUGUUCUCAUCUGUGGUUUGAGGAGAGAAAUGUGCUUGUGUCACGGCUGGGUUAGACACUGAAUUCACGAGUGAAACGCUGCAACACAAAGCAUCUCAAAUGUUAAAUAAAGUCACAAAUGAUGUAGAAACACGCAACAGUUCUGUUCUAGACCCCAGUGUGCUGACUACAUCACAUACAGAUUAUAACACAUCUCUCUGAUUUCACCUCAUUAUUCACCUCAAAUCCUCCGUUUAAAAAAUAUUUGUUUUCUCAUAAAAAAUUUGAGUAUUAAAAAUAGAAAUGAGUAUGUUGGCACAGUUAUAUGUUUUUGAUCACUUUCAGAUGCAGUGCUCGAAUUGAACCAAGCACCGCCUUUUUUUUGGGUGGGGGUUAGUCUGGCAAUGUACAAUUUAUACAAAAUACACAAUAUAUUUGAUAAUAAUAUGCAUAACUAUAUACUGUUUAUUAAAAACAGGCUUACAUAAAAGAAUAGGCUUCUUUUACUAUACUUUGGAUCAAAUCAAUCCAGAAAUGACUUUUGAACAGUAGUUCACGUCCAACAGAAUAAUUCUAGCAUUAUAUACCAAUGUAGUUUUUUCUAUUUUCCCUAAAACACUUUGAGAUAGUACUGUGUGUUCCAAAAGACUUGUUUAAUGCAAGAAACUAGUUUAUUAGAUAAUAAAAUAUAAAAUAUCGCAAGACCGGCCUUCUGUCUGUGUGUUGUGGGGAAGCUUCCUCUGCCCGACUGCGAGUGGAGGUUUAUUGUUCACCUGAGCGACGUCAAUCAAGCAGUCAUGUGGUUGACGUGGGGCGGGCGUUUCAAAUUGAAAGAGACAUGACAACUAGCCCAUAAACAAACUUAAUAUAAAUUAUUGUAAAUAAUUAAUUCACAAAAUUUACCAUAUCAACUGCAUGGAUUUAAUCACAUUUGUCAUUAUAAGUUUUACUCAAAUACAAAUAUCAGAGGGACCCCCCAAAGUCUAUCUUUUACUUGUUAUGGGGGCCCCUGAUGCCUUAUGGGGUCCCGGAUCCCCCCGGCCACCUUCAAUUCGAGCACCGGAUGAAAGGAUUUGUAAGCUCCCAGAGAUAUUUCAGUCUGUUGGUGUUUAUAAAUAGUGGACAGUUUUAGUUUCUCAGUGAGUUUGUGAUGUGGUCAGUGAAUGAAGUUUCAGAAACAAACGUUACGUGCCUCCCAAACUUAACUUCUGUUAGACCUCCACAAAGAAUCAAUAUCUGUUGAGUAGUGAAUUGAAUUUAAAUCAAUUAAUGUACAUUGAAUAUAAAUUAAAUUGUUAUAUCAUAACCAAACAUAGACCGGAGGUUACCUUUGGCUCAGGUGAGUGUGUGCAUCUGAUGAAACAGUCAAUAUGGUCGGGUUUGGAACAGAACGCACACACACACAUGCACGCAUAUCCACAUACCUACACACACACACACACACUGAGGCUGUCUGCUGGUUUCUGUACAUAGAUUUCAGAUUUAAUGAUUGAAGGUUUCUCUCAUUUUUAGUCGCUUGAUUUUUUUUCUCUUUUCUCGAUGUUUGAUGGAUGAUAAUCAUAUACACCAGUAGCUGCUUUGCUGGGGCUUAAGUCACUUACUUUGUAUUUAUUUUUUGUUGAUAGUAUUACUUUUGUCUGCAUUUCAGGUAAUAAUAGUUCUGAGAAAAUAAUAAUGAAUAGUGUUUCUGUGCCUACAGUCCCAUACAGAGCUCACAGCAGUGCUGAUUGGCUGAACUCUGAGCCCACGACAGUGCUGAUUGGCUGAAAGCCUGGUCAGAUUUACAUUUGCUGCCGUACAGACGUGGAUUAUGAGCGAACAGAUCAAACGAGAAUCAACGAUUCUUUAUCAUUACGUCAUUAUUCACGACUUUCUGGCACAAUUCUCUGAUGAUAAUAUUAUUCAGCCAUUGUAUGUGUAUAAGGGGUGGAUUAUGCUAAAACAGAUUGUGAUUGUGUAUCUUUAUCCCCGUUGUGUAGCACUCUAGCUCUUACUGACUCUUAAUAUGAUGAUGAUGAUGAUGAUGAUGAUGAUGAUGAUGAUGAUGAAGAGGAAAUGGUUUUACAAAGGGAUUCACCUGCCAAUUUAGCCAUAGACACGGACAAGCCAUAGCAUUUCCCCAAGCCUCCAAACAAAAUUCAGGAGUGUAGGAUGUAUAUAUUUAUAUAUUUACCCAUGGAAAUAUUGUCGAAUGCACAAGAGAUUUGUUGAUUCUAGAGUGAAGCAUCUCUGAAUAUAGAGUGAUGUUUUGAAUGUUCACAAUAUUAUUAUUAUAAAGAUAUUAUAUUAAAAAAAUAUUAUUAUUGUAAUUAUGAACUUCAUUUUAUGGAGAAUGAUUAAUAAACACAAUGUCUUUCUUUUUGUGAAUAUGGAAAAGUUUACAUUUUUCUGGGGAAAUAUUAUGAAACUUUAAAUAUUUCAACAAAUAAAUAAAUAAAUAUAUACAUGCUUA